AAGUUCUGUAGUGGAAACGGACAUCCACCUUCAUAGAAACGUACGGCUUCGCCAAGUGGGGUGAAAUGCUGACCCCGAUUUCUCCAGUUAGUUUAGUUCCAGUCGAAAGCUGUCCCAUUUGGAUCUACGGCAGCCCUUAGAGACUCAGGUUGUUAGUCCUGGGAGGUGGGUACGGCAUUCCAGGAACAGGAACUACAAGGCUGAGUUUGCAUCAUGCCGGUUGGAGGCUGUACCACUGGAAUUUGGGGACUAUCACCCACUGAAACCCAUAACUAUUUUCCCCACAGGUCACAGAGUCAAAGACAAAGAAAGUGAGCCGGAAAGGAAGCACUUCUUCCACGUCCUCUUCAUCCUCCAGCUCCGUGGUGGACCCACUGAGCAGCGUCCUGGAUGGGACCGACCCCCUCUCCAUGUUUGCGGCCUCUGCUGACCCUGCAGCCCUGGCGGCUACCACGGACAACUCCAGAAAGAAACGUGACAGAGAUGAUAACUCCAUUGUAGGAUCAGAUUUUGAGCCUUGGGCCAGCAAACGAGGAGAAAUCCUUGCCCGGUAUACUACCACGGAAAAGCUCUCUAUUAAUCUUUUUAUGGGAUCUGAAAAAGGCAAAGCUGGGACUGCCAUAUCCGCAAUGUCGGAGAAGGUUCGGACCAGGCUGGAGGAGCUGGAUGAUUUUGAGGAGGGAUCCCAAAAGGAGCUGUUGAAUUUGACUCAACAGGAUUAUGUGAACCGCAUAGAAGAGCUCAACCAGUCGCUGAAGGAUGCCUGGGCCUCGGACCAGAAAGUGAAGGCUCUAAAAAUAGUCAUCCAGUGUUCAAAGCUUCUUUCGGACACGAGUGUUAUUCAGUUCUACCCAAGCAAAUUUGUCCUUAUCACCGACAUACUUGAUACAUUUGGAAAGCUGGUAUACGAGCGCAUCUUUUCCAUGUGUAUGGAUAACCACAGCAUCUUACCAGAUCACUUCUCUCCAGAGAAUGUAAAUGACACAGGCAAAGAAACAUGCUUAAAUUGGUUUUUCAAGAUUGCUUCCAUCAGGGAACUCAUUCCGAGAUUCUAUGUGGAAGCAUCCAUCCUGAAGUGUAACAAGUUCCUCUCCAAAACGGGGAUUUCAGAGUGUCUGCCCCGGCUGACUUGCAUGGUCCGAGGGAUCGGGGACCCUCUGGUAUCGGUGUACGCCAGGGCCUACCUGUGCAGGGUGGGCAUGGAAGUGGCUCCACAUCUCAAAGAAAGCCUCGAUAAGAACUUCUUUGACUUCCUCCUCACAUUCAAACAGAUUCACGGCGAUACUGUCCAGAACCAGCUGGUGCUCCAGGGAGUGGAGCUUCCAUCCUACCUCCCCUUGUACUCGCCUGCCAUGGACUGGAUCUUCCAGUGCAUCUCCUACCAUGCCCCCGAGGCUCUGCUAACCGAAAUGAUGGAGAGAUGUAAGAAACUAGCAAACAAUGCCUUGCUGUUGAAUUCCGUAAUGUCAGCUUUCCGGGCCGAGUUCAUCGCUACAAGGUCCAUGGAUUUCAUCGGCAUGAUUAAAGAGUGCGAUGAGUCUGGUUUCCCCAAGCAUCUUCUCUUUCGCUCACUGGGCUUAAACUUGGCCUUGGCUAAUCCUCCUGAGAGUGAUCGACUUCAGAUUCUCAAUGAAGCUUGGAAAGUUAUCACUAAAUUGAAGAAUCCACAGGACUACAUUAAUUGUGCCGAAGUAUGGGUAGAGUACACCUGCAAACAUUUCACGAAACGAGAGGUGAAUACUGUUUUGGCCGAUGUCAUCAAGCACAUGACCCCAGAUCGUGCAUUUGAAGACUCCUACCCUCAGCUUCAGUCAAUAAUUAAGAAAGUAAUUGCACACUUCCAUGAUUUCUCAGUUCUUUUUUCAGUGGAAAAAUUUCUGCCAUUUCUGGACAUGUUCCAAAAAGAGAGUGUGCGGGUGGAGGUUUGCAAAUGCAUCAUGGAAGUUUUUAUCAAGCAUCAGCAAGAGCCCACUAAGGACCCCGUCAUUCUGAACGCCCUUUUGCACAUUUGCAAGACCAUGCAUGACUCUGUGAAUGCACUCACUCUUGAGGAUGAGAAAAGAAUGCUGGCAUAUUUGAUUAAUGGAUUUAUAAAAAUGGUGUCCUUUGGCCGCGAUUUUGAACAACAGCUGAGUUUUUACGUUGAGGCCAGGUCGAUGUUUUGCAAUCUGGAACCUGUUCUUGUGCAAUUGAUUCAUAGUGUGAACCGGUUGGCAAUGGAAACAAGAAAAGUAAUGAAAGGAAAUCAUUCCAGAAAGACGGCUGCAUUUGUCCGGGCCUGCGUUGCCUACUGCUUCAUUACCAUUCCCUCCCUGGUGGGAAUCUUCACCCGCCUCAACCUCUACCUGCAUUCUGGUCAGGUGGCCUUGGCCAACCAGUGCCUCUCCCAAGCUGAUGCCUUUUUCAAAGCCGCUAUAAGCCUCGUUCCAGAAGUUCCAAAGAUGAUUAAUAUUGAUGGAAAGAUGCGGCCCUCAGAAUCAUUCCUUCUGGAAUUCCUCUGCAAUUUCUUUUCUACUUUAUUAAUAGUUCCGGAUCAUCCGGAACACGGGGUUCUGUUUCUUGUUCGAGAGCUGCUCAACGUGAUCCAGGACUACACCUGGGAGGACAACAGUGAUGAGAAAAUCCGCAUCUACACCUGUGUCCUGCACCUGCUGUCCGCCAUGAGCCAGGAGACCUAUCUCUACCACGUAGACAAAGUUGACUCCAAUGACAGCCUCUACGGGGGAGACUCCAAGUUUCUGGCUGAGAACAACAAGCUGUGCGAGACGGUGAUGGCUCAGAUCCUGGAGCAUCUGAAAACCCUGGCCAAGGACGAGGCCCUAAAGCGCCAGAGCUCGUUGGGCCUUUCUUUCUUUAACAGCAUCUUGGCCCAUGGGGACCUGCGCAGUAACAGGCUCAACCAGCUGUCCGUCAACCUGUGGCACCUGGCACAGAGGCACGGCUGUGCGGACACCAGGACCAUGGUGAAAACUCUGGAAUACAUCAAGAAGCGAAGCAAACAACCAGACAUGGGGCAUCUGACCGAGCUGGCCCUCAGGCUCCCUCUGCAGACGAGGACCUGACCCUAGGGGCUCUGGUGCCAAGUCCAGAAAGACCUGUUUUGCGUUUUUGUUUUUAUUUUUACACACGUACAGAUUGGCUUCUCUACUAGAUUAUUCUGCCAGUGAAGUGAACAAGCGGGAGCUGGCAGAGCAUUCGAAUCCACUCCUGCUCACUGAGCACAGCAUCUUAGUGUUUCUUUGCACAGGUGGCCUUCAGAUGGGCCUUUAGGGAAAAACUGAAGAAUGCAAGUCACAUCUUUCCUUUCUGGAAGGUGUUUUUUAAUUGGAAAAAGAACCUUGAAAAGCAGUCCACUUUGACAGACCCACUGUGCCCUUUCCCUAAUUUGCUUUAUAUCAAAAUCAGCUCUUGACUGGAUUUAGAAUAUGCUGGUGGAUUAAAGGAGAAAGCGAGGUCAGAUCUGAGAUUCCCUGUGGCUUCGAUGGAAAAUAUACUGUAACUGAAUAAACCUCCUGAAGGAA